AUGGAAAACUGUACAGACACAAAUAACAGCUCCACUUGCGCAGGAAUUCCCUACAAAGACAGCAAGACACUUCUGGUUGCUGUUUACAGCAUUGUUUUUGCCAUAGGCCUUCCAGCAAAUUGCUUAACUUCCGUGCUUACGUUUAUACAAAUCCAAAGGAAUAAAGUAAUUGCCAUCUACAUUUUCAGUUUAUCAUUGUGUGAACUGAUGUAUUUAAGUACCUUGCCUCUCUGGAUUAUCUAUGUGCAAGAUGAGCACCAGUGGAAUAUGGGUAUAAAGGCUUGCAGAAUAACAGGAUUCAUCUUUUUCUGCAACAUAUACAUCAGCAUUCUGCUGUUGUGCUGCAUUUCUGUGGAUCGUUACGUGGCACUGGUGUAUGCUCUGGAAUCAAGGGGGAGAAGAGGACAGAAAAAGGCAAUCAUAAUAGUGUGUUUUCUCUUUGCUGUGGUUGCAAUAAUCCACACUCCAGUAUUUUACAUGGAAGAUUUUUCAGAACAUAUGAAUAAGAAAACCUGCUUUGAGACUUUGCCCCUUGACAUAAAAUUGGCUUCUUUCAGCUUUGCCAGAUUCCUAUGUGGAUUUGCCAUACCUUUCACGAUCCUCAUUUUCACAAACUACAAAAUUUUCCAAAGUACAGAAACAAGCAGCAGCUUGACUUGUCGCCAAAAAGCCAAAGUAAAGUAUCUGGCUAUCGCCAUUAUUGUAAUUUUCCUGAUCUGUUUUGCUCCCUACCACGUGGUACUUGUAAUAAGAUCCGUAUACUUUAUGUUUCAUCAAAAUUGCUCAUGUCCAUUUGAAAAAGAUAUAUAUUCAAUUUUUACAGCGUUUCUGUGUUUAGCCACUGCAAACAGUGUUGCUGAUCCAAUCAUCUAUGUGCUGGUUAGUGAAAACGUCAGAAAAGACUUUUACAGGAGUCUGAGAAGAUGGAGAUUGAACUCAUUCAAGCUGAAUUCAUCCAUUAAUCACAAGACUGAAAGCAUAAACUUGAAAACAUCAAAAGAAUCACAGGAAGGAGGGCUAAGAGAAGAAAACAAAGAAAUGCCACAUUCAUCUGACAUUCAAAAGACCUGUAAUAGUGGCAAAGACCAAGAAGGUGGCAGCUAG